UGUCCUCAACGGACGGGGAUUUGUCAUCUUUCCCAUCUUUUUUGAUCUUCUUGUUCGAGUCCUUUUUACCGAAAAGCGGCAUCCUCAGUCCUUGGUACCGCCGCAAUAUUCUAACAGUUCCACAGCACUGCUUCAACUUUCCAACGUGUUCCCCCGAAUGCACGAGCUGCCAAUUGUUGACAGAUUAUCCGUUCACUUCACGGGAAUCGGCCGAGCAAACGCGUUUCUGGUCCGCCGCGGUGGGUUUUAGCCUCUGAUCGUCGGCCAGUAAGGAAUAAAGCGAAGAAAGAAGACGGUCGUCAAACGGCUUGUAAGAUCAUCGUUUUAAGCUGCCGAAUGAUCAUGAACUCUCGACCUUUACGCACGUAAAUGAUAACGCACACCCGUGUCUCUUACUGCACGACGUUCUACUUUGCUUAUUCGUGGACCGCGUUUGACACGUAUUCGUUCCGCGCACUAUUUCGCUACCAAAACGCUCUAUUCCGCGUCGCGCGUAUCGGGCUCAGGGUCGCGGCCUCGCGCCCUUGCUGUACACCCAGUACUAUAUAACUGGAUAGCUUUUACGUUAUAUGUAUUAGCUUGUCUACCACCUCGCUUUAUUCUACAACCGCAUUCCCUUUCGCCGUUUCCAAUAAAUACAUCUUAAUAUACAAACGGAUCAUAUUUUUCUGUCGAGCGCGCUCACGUUUCGCGAAUGCACCGACAGAGGACUUCGAGCUCGUACGGCAUUCUCGCUUCUUACUUAACGAGCUUAUACGAUUAAGCCACUGGGGAAGUCCCUAAUUGUUCUUACUCAAAUUUUCCCGCGCCUAACGUAAUCAUUUUUCAUAUAGCGAAUCUAUAUUGUCAAAUCAAUUUACUCUCUACGUUGUUUUUCUUUUGCAAUGAUAUAAUAAGAAAAAAAUGAAUGACAUAAUUUGUAACGAUGUAAUAGGAGAGCGAAUCUAAGACGAUCACAAACGAGAACUCGUACUGGAGGUUCGAAUCUGCAGUUCUUAGACUUGUUCCCUCUAUUUCGGAAAUGCGUGGAAUAAAAGGAAACGUGGUUUAAGCGAGGAUAUAAAAAAUGUUACCUUGUUAGUGUCAUGGCACUGUUCGUCGACAGCCAACCACCAAUUUCUUUAUACGUAUGGGAAUAAUGCAAUUUGGUGUUUCUGUCUCCCCCAAAUUUUGUUUGCGAUACUGCAGUAUUCGAACUACUUUGAUCCGUCGAUAGUGGUGCGGCGAAAGCACGGCACACCGCAACAGCGGUUCUCAACAUUUCUUCUUUAUUAGGUCGAAAUCACUGGUCGUUUCACUUUUGUUCGGAGAAUCUCUUGUCUGAAUCUGCAGUGGAACAAGAAUGUAUAUCACAAGGGAAAUGCGUUGAAAAAUUAUUUGUUAAUUCUGUUGCUGUAACUUUAAGCUAAAUGUUUUGUUGAAAGUUGCUUACUAAUUAUAAAUCGUCAAUAAUAAUAUGAAAAUGGUUUAUACGAAACAGCACAAAAUACUUUUACAAACAAUUAUGCAUGAAGGUCUUCUGAACGAGAAUAAAGCGAAAGAUUUGGUUAUCAAAUUAUUUAAUGAUGAUAAGGUGUCGUUAGUAAUAAAUCAUAUAAAUGAACAAUUACAGCCUUUGAACAUGUUGAUCAAAAGAGCUCAGUGUGAAAUUACAGGUGAAUUCUAUUGGGUUUUCGUAAGCACCGUGCUUGAUGAAGUAACUAGAUUUCAGGAGGAGUUUUCAAAAGCACAAUUAGCUUUAUUAAGGAAUAUAUUUUCUGAAAUUAUAACAUCGAGUAAUGGAUGUGCUCCAAGUAUAUUUUGUCUUAAUUUAUGUUCUUUGUCGGAUGUUAAGAUGUCUAUAACAGAAGCCGAAGAAUUUUUAAAUGAUAUAGUUAAUAGAAAAUGGUUAGCUUACAAGAAUGGUAAUUAUUAUAUAGGUGUAAGAAGUAUAACAGAAUUAAUGCCAUAUUUUAGAGCUACCUAUGAGAAUAAUUUAAGUACAUGUUGUCUUUGUAAGCAAGUCAUUUUUCAUGGUGAAAGAUGUAACAACUGUCAAAAUUUAUUGCAUUUACAUUGUUUAAAACGAUACGCCAUGAUUUAUAAUCCUGUGACCUGCCCUACUUGUGAUUCUGUAUUUCCAAAUAUAGAUUUAUCUGAUACAAAUGAUGAUUUGGAAACAGUGAAAUGUGAAAAUAUGAGAACAUCAUAAGCAUCCAUCAGUAAACUUUUAAAAAAUAAAAACUACUGACUGAAAAACCAAUUCCUUAAAUACAUGUUCAACAAUUAUAUUUACAAAUACAUAUACAAUUCAUAAUAAUUAUUUUACUGUAUAACGUUUCAGACAUUUUGGCUUUCCUCAAAUUUUUCUCUCAAAUACC